CGGAACCAAUCUACGCUGGUGUCUGCCUCUUAUGGGGGACAAAAAUUAAAGACGGACCUAUAAGCAGAAACGCAUGUAGCUAAGGGUUUGUUACAACGAAGCAAAGUCAUGGCAGAGGGGGACAUGGACCCGGAGUUAGCAAGACGGUUGUUUGAGGAAGGGGCCUCGCUGGUGCUGCUGGGGGUACCCGAAGGCACCGAGCUGGGCAUCGACUACAAGAGCUGGCAGGUGGGCCCGCGUUUCCGAGGGGUCAAGAUGAUCCCUCCCGGGCUCCACUUCCUGCACUACAGUUCGGUUUGGAAAGAUAGGGAGAUAGGCCCUCGCAUGGGACUCUUCCUGUCCCUGAAGCCUCGUCAGGUCCUGCUGGCCCACUGGGACGCCAAGGAGGAGGACCUUAAGUUUUCCGACGACGACGACGAGGUGGGGCGUGUGGCGGCCGGCCUGCGGGACCUGGACCCCUUCCUGGGGCCAUACCCGUACGAGAUCAUGCGCAAGUGGGUCUCUCUGACCGACCGGCUGACCUUCGAGGUGGCCAGCGGCCUGCAGCCCCUCAGCGGCAGAGUCUGCUCCUUCAGUGACGUGGUGCCGGAGCUGCGGCUCCCGCUCACCAAGGACCGGGAGGAGCACAACCUGCCCCGCAACGACACCGAGUGCCAGAGCAUGCAGGAGGGCCUGGACCGACUCCCCCGCAUGAAGCAGCAGGCCGGCACAGAGCUGCGUUUCUCCCACAUUCCCAAGCAGACGUACCCGCCGGGCGCCACGCCAGCGCAGAUUACGCAGUUCAGCAUGGACCACAGCUACGCGCUAGAGCGCCUACUAGAGGCCAACUACAAAGAGAACCCCCUGCAUGUCCUGGGCGAGCUGCAGUUCGCCUUCGUCUGCUUCAUCAUCGGUAACGCCUACGAGGCCUUCGAGCACUGGAAGCGGCUGCUGGAGCUCCUGUGCCGCUCGGAGGCGGCAGUGCGGGCUCGCAGCGCCCUGUACCUGGGCCUCAUCGCCGUGCUGUACCGCCAGUUGGCCGAGAUCCCGCCUGACUUCUUCGUGGACAUUGUGUCGCAGCAGAACUUCCUGACCAACACGCUGCAGCACUUCUUCCAGUUUACCAGUGGCCCCGAGGUGGACGCUGUGCUCCGGAAGCGGGCAGAGGGCUUCAAGGCCCACCUGACCAAAAAGUUCCGGUGGGAUUUCGAUGUGGACCUCGAGGACUGCGCCCCAGUGGUGGUGGAGCUGCCCGAAGGGGUCACCAUGGACUGAGGCCAGCAGUCCAUUGGCAGCGGCCAUGACAGGAACAGGGGACCUUGGAGCUCCGGCGAGGGCGGAGGGUGUGGCGCGCUGGCACUGCGCGUUCCGUGCAGCCUGAUAGGAAUUCCCCUCUGACUCUGCUUCCUUACUGGAAGCUUCUGGGUCUUUUCCAGGGAGCUCCAGCAGACCUUGACGAAUUUUCACCCACAGGGUCCUGCCAUCACCGCGUUCAACAAUGUGCAGCAAUUAGACGAUUUUACAGCACUUAUGAUAUUUCUGAUAAACAACCAGAAAGCAAAGACUCAUCCAGUGAGCGUUUGCAGGCCUCACUGGCUCUGCAGUUGGAGAUUGUAGAUGCACUGCAUCAGUUUUAAUACUUAAUAAUAACACUGAAUUCACAUAUCUCUGCUCCUUAACUUCUGAUCAGACUUUCUCUAAAUAAAAUAUUUGGUAAGUUGGUA